AUUAAACACUCAACCACUCACAAUGUGUAAUAACAAACGAAGAUUUAACUCUGAUGUUCAUUGGUGCAUUAUCAAUCGCUUUACUUCUAUAUAAACACGGACAAUAUCAAUCCAAACGCAGCAGGCUUUAAGAAAGUUCAACUUAAAUUCAACAGAGUUUGGAUAAUUAUUUCGCAUGGCUUCCAUGACGGCAAAGCAAUUGGCGAAAGAAUACGAAAAGGACGUCAGUAAAGAAUUGUUCAAAUACGAAUGCCUGAAAGACCUAGACCUCUUUGUCCUUGAUAAUUCAAUCCGCGAGAGCACGGUGGGGCAACUGAGAGGUCACACUAAUGAGGACAAGUGGGAGAUAUUCAACGAGGUUACAAAAUGCGGCUUCCGUCACCGAAUAGUGGCAAGCUACAACCACCAGAAAAGAGUAGACGAUGAAUUCGUGAAGGAAGUCUUGGCCAAGGGCGAAGAUCCAGAAGGUCUCUGGGCGUUCAGUGAAGUCACCGAAGGCAUCAGUAAAAAGGUGCCGGACCAAACAUCAAUUCCAGUCGGACUCCUGAAAAUGAAGGAAGCGGGACUUCGAAACGUAAUCUUUGAGAUAGAUCUUGGGAACUCUACCUACAACUUCAAGAAGUUUACCGUAGAAGACAUGUGCCGCCUUGUAGAAAAGUGGGUAUUAUGGGCAAAAUCCAAUUUAGGUUCGAAUUCCAAGGUCCUGGUUAGUCUCAGGGAUCUACCCGAUGUAAUGCCAAAAAAGUCCAAGCGUGUGUUUCACGUUGUCGACUUCUUAGCAAGACUGAACCUGUUGUUUGGAAUAUGCUUUGAAGAACCACGUGGUAAAUCGCUGCCCGAAGAAUGCGGUUCUUGGGCAAAGUUCAUUCGCAAGGUGAUGGACAGUGCCAACUGGAAAGGACAUCUGCUGGUUCACGUGCAUGAAAAGUUUGGUUUAAUGGAUGCAACUGCCUUAGCGUCACUAAUGGGUGGCGCAAAUGGCAUAUGGGCGAGUGUUUGCGCGGAAGGAGCGUCUAUAGGGAACGCUUCCUCUUGCGUGACCAUCAUCAACUUGGUUCGCCUCGGAAACCAGAAAGUCCUUAAGACGUACAACUGCUCCUACCUGCGACAAGCUGCCAUCAGAGUAACGGAAAUAACCACGGGCUCACCACCGCACAACAAGCAACCGAUAUUUGGUACUCGUGCGGCAGAUUUCACGUUCGAUUUGAACCCAGAAGACUUCGAUAUAGCUAGUUUCUUUGGCGAAAAGGCUCCUGUGAGAAUCACGUCAUUGGCCUCACCGCAAAUGAUUCUUUCGAGACUUUCAGAGUUGUUUGGAAACAGUAGUGAAUUCACGCUUGAGAUUGCAUCCAAGAUGAGGGAAAUGAUUUUGGAGGAUCUUCGGAGCGGAAGGAAAGAGGAGUACAUGAGCAAGGCGGGGCUAGCUCUCUUGUUUGACAGAUCAGGUGGGUCCCUAAAUGAAGUAAUGCGUGACAUCACUCACUGCCGAUGAGGCGCAGGGCCCGUACGAGAAGCGUCUUUUAGAAGAGAUACGGCAGCGCUGGAACGAGUGGGACCUCCGCGAUGCCGAACAUAACGACGAUAUGCUGCAAUACGACUCCUUUUACAACGGAUUCUUAGCGCCGUACUUCUCCUGCUACCGUUGUUUUGACACCAAACAGGCGUUGCAGGCACUCGACAUGGACGCCGCGGAUAUGUCGACUGGAGGAGUUCUUGGUGUACCUGAAAUGGGCCUUCCGCCAGUACCCGAUGUAAAGGACGCCAACGAGCUUCUGGACGUGGCGUUCCGAAAGGGCUAAUUCCUGCCAUGAGGGAUGAACGCAUGUUCUCAAAGGAACAGAGGAUAGACUAAGCAAAUGAUAUUGGGCGCACACUAUGUAAUGUCAAACGAAAAUUGACGCGUUGAAGUUCGCUAAUGCAUUAUGAAUCUCUUUAUAUAUUCUUUAAUAUAACCGAUCCGAAUUUAACACUUAUUAUCAUUCAAUGAAACGCAAUGAUGUUAUGUAUAUUGUGUCCGCUUUAUUACAAGGAGACCCGUGCUCAAACUCAAGUAGCUUUCGUGGGAUCGUUGCUUUUAAAGACUUCAAAUACCGCUUCUUUCCCAGGAAAUGGACUAUCGUUUGUAUAAUCCUAUGGCUUUCAGUGUUAUCGAGCCAGAACAUAUAGUUUAAAGCUAAAUAAAUGAACAUGCCGUCGUUACAUUGUCUAAAUAUUCGUAUGCAUAAUUAUUGAUAAUGGUUGGUAUCCCAUGAUUUGUAUUUUAUAGUUUUAAUUGUAAACAUAAAUUAUUACAAGUACAUGUUUAAUUUUACGUGUUUAAUUGUCUCAUAGAAUAAUGUUAUUAUUUGUAAAACUAGCCUGUCCUUGCACAGGUGGCAUGUAAUUGACUCAAAGCGCCACAAAUUCGCUGUACCAAAGUCGAACCGCCUACAUAGUUCGUGCUUUUUCAUAUGUAGAUUGUAAUUGUAUUAUAUAAAAUAGUACAUAUAGAUAUUUCUAAUGUCUAAAAGAGGUUCACAGUAGUAAUGAAAUCUUCAAACGUAAUAUCCAUGGCUGUAUUUUUAUUGUAUAAUAAUGUAUGAUGUGUUGGUCCUUUUUACUACUAUCAGUGUUAAGACGAAACAAUACUUAAAAUACCAGAUGAAUUGUCACAAGGGUGUGUAUUUACGUGCUCAGAGUCGAAUAUGGAUACUCUGAUUACGGUUGCUUAUCUUCAUUUUUAUAUAAUCUGUUGUUUCUUCUUCCUUGUAUUGGAUGGUUUAUUUAAUAUAACGACAUUUCCGUUUGUUGCUUUUGGUGAACAUAUUUAUUAAUGAAUGAAUCCGUAAUAUUUAGUUUAGAAUUAAUGUGUGAUAUUGAGUAUUUGUAUGUACUUUCACUGUUUUCAUCACAUUUUCUUUACGAAGGUAACAGGUCCAUGCUGUGAAUUUUGUAUGUGGGUAUUAUAAGCCAAUAUAUGAAUUAAAUAUAUUAUUAGCUACGCACAUCAAAUGUACUCGGAAUAAAACUUUUAUCUGAA